AUGUCUAUGCCGCACCCACCAUACAUCCAGAUGUCAAAGCCCCAUCCAGUGAGCAUCCAGAUGUCUAUGCCGCACCCACCAUACAUCCAGAUGUCAAAGCCCCAUCCAGUGAGCAUCCAGAUGUCUAUGCCGCACCCACCAUACAUCCAGCUGUCAAAGCCCCAUCCAGUGAGCAUCCAGAUGUCUAUGCCGCACCCACCAUACAUCCAGAUGUCAAAGCCCCAUCCAGUGAGCAUCCAGAUGUCUAUGCCGCACCCACCAUACAUCCUGCUGUCAAAGCCCGAUCCAGUGAGCAUCCAGAUGUCUAUGCCGCACCCACCAUACAUCCAGAUGUCAAAGCCCGAUCCAGUGAGCAUCCAGAUGUCUAUGCCGCACCCACCAUACAUCCAGAUGUCAAAGCCCGAUCCAGUGAGCAUCCUGAUGUCUAUGCCGCACCCACCAUACAUCCAGCUGUCAAAGCCCGAUCCAGUGAGCAUCCAGAUGUCUAUGCACCCACCAUACAUCCUGCUGUCAAAGCCCGAUCCAGUGAGCAUCCAGAUGUCUAUGCACCCACCAUACCCACCAUACAUCAUCAGAUGUCAAAGCCCCGAUCCAGUGAGCAUCCUGAUGUCUAUGCCGCACCCACCAUACAUCCAGCUGUCAAAGCCCCAUCCAGUGAGCAUCCAGAUGUCUAUGCCGCACCCACCAUACCUCGAGAUGUCAAAGCCCCAUCCAGUGAGCAUCCAGAUGUCUAUGCCGCACCCACCAUACAUCCAGAUGUCAAAGCUCAAUCCAGGAUACUAUUAA